UGUGCUUCUGCCCUCGAACAACAACAAACCUCGCUUUAGGAACCUUUGUAUCAGAUUCCUAAAACACUCCAGCCAGACGGCCAAGGAGACCAGCAACACAAAUCAACACAUCCAGAACCAAAAAUGUCUUCACACGCGAGUUUGAGCGCAGCCGCCGACGACCGCAAAGCGCGCCUUGCCAAGCUCAAGUCAUUGAAGCGCAAGCAACCAACGGGAGCAGACGCCGACGACGCGGACAAGGCCGCCGCCGCUCCCCACGAUGACAGCGCCACCGACCAGGCCGUUCCCUCCUCCUCCUCCUCCUCCUCCUCCCACUCCUCCUCCCACGCACCGCCGACCAAGGACGUGGCUCGCAUGCACCUCUCGGGCCGCAACUACGACUUCGAGACCAAGGGCCCCAAGCUCGGCUUCGAGGCGCCCCUCACCCUGGCGCUCGAGCAGCCGACGCUCGAGCAGAAGGCCCAGGACCUCGAGGAGGAGUCGAAGCGGCAGGCGGCCCUCGACGCGCAGAACGACAAGGGCAUCGACCUGUUCAAGCUGCAGCCCAAGAAGCCCAACUGGGACCUGAAGAGGGAGCUGAACGCGCGCAUGGAGGUGCUCAACGUCCGGACCGAGAACGCCAUCGCGCGCCUGGUGCGGGAGAGGCUGGCGGAGAAGAAGGCCGCCUCGGGUGCCGCGCGUGCCGCCGGCGCCGCGGGGAGUAGGGCCGGUGGUGGGGAGCAGCAGCAGCAGCAGGGGGAUGCCGAGGCGGAAGGGAUGCUGGACGGGGCGGCAAUCGUGGAGGGCAUGAGGCAGCGGGAGCGGGAGGAGGAGGAGGAGAACCGGAGGGAGAGGGAGGCGGAGGCGGAAGAGUUUGGGAUGGCUUGAAGAGGGUCAAAGGGGUCUUCUGAUAUGAUGGGGCACAUCGCAUGGACCGGGGGCGUUUUGUUCAUAUGAGGCUGCUUUUCGUCCGGUUGG